AUGAAGCGCAAUGGCAUGUUAAAUACUACCAUUCCCGCUAACAUUCUAUCGCGUUCCAAACCAUUAAACGAGCCGGCUUCCUUGCUGAAGUGUUUGGAACCAGUGAACAAAUUGCACCAUCCCAACUGUAUAAAAGCAUCGCUGAAGAGCAGUUUCUUUAUGCGAACAGCCAUGGCAAAACAAGGUCAACAUAUCAAAAGUGAAGAAGAAGCGAGGUGCAGUUUGAAAUAUCACAACGACGAUUCUUUAAGCUCGCGCAAUGGCAGUAUGGUAAACAACAGGUUGUUGUCGGACAUAACGUUUAUUGUAGGGCCCGAAAAGCAACGAAUCUACGCGCACAAGCUGCCGUUGGUGGCGGCGUCGGAGUAUUUCAAUGCCUUGUUCUGCGGAAGCUUUGCAGAAGCGGAACUGGCGGAGAUCGAACUGAAGGAUGAAGAACCAGAAAUAUUUCUUGCGAUUCUGCGUCUAAGCUACGGUGCUGAGUUGGAAAUCAAUGAUGAAAAUAUUCAAGAUAUUUACGAUCAUGCGCAAAUGUACUUGUUGCCAACAGCGUACUACCAACCGCUGAUUAACUUUCUGAAGAAACAGGCCGUGGACGAAGAAUGCUUGCCAUACAUUAAAAACAAUCCGCUUUAUUUCUUUGGGAUGGAUUUUACCGAGAUUGAGGAGGAACGAAUGCGUAAGAUUGUUGGCUUACAACAAAUCAAUUGCACUGAUGAACAGUUGCUUUGUGCGCUCGAAAUGUGUGAGUUUGCAAAUGCCAAGUAUGACACGAAGGAAUUGAAGAAGCUUAUUGUAGAAAGUGAAAUCAUCAUGACACAUCAAGAAAACCCGAUUCUUAGCCAAGCAGAUGCAAAGUGCGGUCUUAAAUAUGAUGGUUCUUUAAGCUCACGUAUUGAGGCCAUGAUAAACAACGAGUUGUUGUCGGACAUAACGUUCAUCGUAGGACCGGAAAAGCAACGAAUCUACGCGCACAAGCUGCCGUUGGUGGUGGCGUCAGAGUACUUCUACGUGUUGUUUUAUGGGAGCUUUGCUGAAGCGCCACUGGACGAGAUAGAGCUGAAGGAUGAAGAUCCGGACAUCUUUCUUGAGAUUUUACGACUUAUUUACGGUGUAAAGGUUCGAAUCGGCCAUGAAAACAUACGUGAUAUUUAUGAGCAUAUGCGAAUGUACUUGCUGCCAACGGAGUGCUACAAGCCUUUGAUGAAUUUCCUGAAGGAGCAGAUCGUCGACAAGGAUUCAGCAAUGAAGAUCUUUCGCGAAAACCAUUACUACAAAUUUGAGCCCGUCGAUGAAGUAUGUUUGCCAUACAUUCAAAACUACCCUCUGUACUAUUUUAAAAUGGAAGAUUUUACCAAGAUUGAGGAGGAUCGAAUGCGUAAGAUUGUUGGCUUACAACAAAUCAAUUGCACUGAUGAACAGUUGCUUUGUGCGCUCGAAAUGUGUGAGUUUGCAAAUGCCAAGUAUGACACGACGGAAUUGAAGAAGCUUGUAAGUGGAACAACGCGUAAAUACUUUUCUCAUAAAAUGCCUUUCGUUGGUACUACAGUUCAAAUUUUGAACAAACCUAUCUGUGGAAACAUUUCAUUGACCCUCAUGUCACAGGCCUCGGUAUCCUUGUAUGGAAUGGGUGUUUACAUUUUGCCUACUGACAGUGAUGUUUCUGUUAAACUGUUUUUGCAAAGCGCCGAUCAAUCUUAUAAUGAAAUAUGCAUUUUAAAUGUGAAAGGGUGCAAUCCACAUUUGGAGAUAGUAGAUUUGAUGUUCGAUGAAAUUGUAUUGGUGGGAAACAAAAGGUAUGAGUUUAAUUUAAGCAUAGAGAACGUCUAUGGUUUUAUAUGUUUCAAUGAUAACAUAUAUCCUACUUUGAUUCAUGACAAUAUUAAAAUCAAAUACUCAUCCCAGGCAAACCGUUAUGGUCAUGCUUGUGCUCAUUUGUGGGUCAAGAACCCUGAGUGCAACGUUCGAGCGAACCAAGCGCCGCAAUCGUGCUGCCAUCAAAUGAAGAAAUUUUAA